GAUCUGCAAUCAUUGCUCAAUUACGGAGAGGAAUCAGAAGUAUCCAGCACACUCAUGCUGGUUAGUGGUGGUGCUAAAGUGCUCCGGGUGAAAAAGGCAGCGUUCUUUGCUCAAGCCUCACCGCAGGCAUUGGAUAACACACGCACACUCUCAAGUAAAAAAAGGAAUCCAUCCGAAGAAGUCAUCUUAGAUUCCUAUAAAAGUAAACUAAUUUGGGAUGAGUUUAAAGCCAGACUCGUCAAAUCACUAGUUGGCAGGGGAGCUGGAGAUCUUUCUGGUACUCUGAAAAACAAACAACACAAACGUCGAAAUAAAAUCCAGCAUCAAAUUCUCACUCCGCAAAUCCAAGUCACUUCAGAACCUGGCAACUGCAAUUCAUCAGAUGAUGACACAAACAAAGCAGAUGAACAAUAUGACAGUCAUAGGUUAGUCCCGACUAAGAAACCUACCAUGAGAAGACCUAGUAACUAUUACGAGGAGAUUGAAUCAGUCGCGAAGAAGGAGAUGGUAAUCAUCCGGAGAUGCCCGUCUGCUGUCAGGCAGCAUUUAAGGAUAGCAAGGCCCAUCAAGUCAGCCACACAUUCCCCCAGUGUGUCAUCAUCUUUAGGAUAACAUCCCAUAAAUAUACACACACCUGCUCUAUGUGACAUCAUUUAUGGGAUAAUAUCCCAUCAAGGUAUCCGCACCAUUUUUAGGAUAUCCAUAAAGUUAUCCAAGCAUACCCCUAGUGUGACAUCAUCUUUAGGAUAACAUCCCAUAAACAUACACACACCUGCUCCAUGUGACAUCAUUUAUGGGAUAAUAUCCCAUCAAGGUAUCCGUACAUCUGCUUAGCAUGUCACCAUUUUUAGGAUAUCCAUAAAGUUAUCCAAGCAUACCCCUAGUGUGUCAUCAUCUUUAGGAUAACAUCCCAUAAAAUAUACACACACCUGAUCUGUGACAUCAUUUUUGGGAUAAUAUCCCAUCAAGGCAUCAGCACAUCUUCUCAGCAUCACACUAUUUUUAGGAUACCAUCCAUCAAGUUAUUUCAGCAUAUCGCUAGUGUUGUAUCUUAAUGAUGAUAUCACAUCAACUAGUCUACACCAGCUCCAUGUGACAUAGUGCUUUGGAUAACAUCAACUUAUCUCUAUCUGCUCAGCAAGACACCACUUUUAGGAUAACAUCCACCAAGUCAUCCAUGCGUACCUGUAGUGUGACAUCAUCUUCGGGACAAGAGCCCAUCCACUUCUCCACACAUCUGACUGUUGUGACAACUUAACCUGUCUCUUCCAUUGUAUAAUUCUAAAUCUUAGAUUACAGGUCUACUAAUAUAUUACAUUAAAAUGAAAAGAAUUUUAU